AUGUAUUUCAGGUCCUUCACGUCAUUCAACAAUACCCUGAAUCCGUUUGCGUCGCCGACGACAGCGACGGCGCCGCCGGACGCCUGGGCGUACUCAUCGGCUUACGAUCUGGGGCAUUUGAAUCUACUGAAUCCGUCGAAUUCGCCAUACUCGACCGCGGCAGCAGCGGCUGCGAGCUUCGGCAACAACGGCAGCGUCUCGUAUUCGUCGUACGCGAGCAUGUUGCCGACGCAACACGACGCCGCGUUGUUCACCACGCCGACCGCCGCUGGCAACACGAUGCGAGUCCAUCAGGACUACAUGAAUCCUGGCGGCGGCAAUAGUCCGCCACCACCCGGUGGGCCUCUCACUCGUGCCGACUAUCAGACCAUGGUGACGACGCACUCGCCGCCCACCCACCUGGGUAACUCCAUGUCCGAGGAUGAGCACGGCGGUUGCCUCGCGGACAAGUACGCGCACGAGCAGACCGCGGCCGAUUACGGCCAGCAGCAGCAACCACCGCCCCAGCCGAACGAUCAGAAACAGGACUACGGCAUGCACUCGCCGCAGACGCGCCAGGCCAUGAAGGAUCAGGUGAUGGUGAAGAGCGAGCCUGGCAGCCAGCCGAGCUACGUGCAGCUGCCUCCUUUUCUGAACUGACUCGCGGCCUCCUCCACUCUAGAUCUCUUCUAGGCGACUUUGGCGAUCUGUCCGCGUUUCGUGACGAGCGCGAGGAGUAUUAGGUGUCUUGGACUACUUAGGUCGCGCAAUUUCAUCAACCGGGCUCACACCGGCGCUACUUAUUAUACAUCGAUCGUAGCUUUCGAUGACGAAACAAACAAAAUUCGACUAUAUAAGAUUGAGAUAGAAAUAAAUUUUACUGAAAAAAUUAAAAUCGUGCAAUGAGAUCUCAAUCGGU